AACAGCUGUUUGAUUAAAGUUUUUUAUUGGGUAAAGUGCAAAAUCCUAGAGAAUAUUUUAUUUUUCUGUUUUGUUAAAAAUAUUUAAGUUAUUUUAAAUAAUUUAUCGAUUAAUAUGGAUACAAACAUAGAAAAUGCUUUGAUACAAAAGAAAAUUAUAUCUCCUGGCAAAGAGUAUAUGCCACUUAAAGAAGGUACUAGGGUCAAAUUUCAUUUUCAAACCAGGAAGUUAGAUGGCACAGUAUUGGAUGAUAGCCGCAAGUUGGGCCGUCCUAUGGAAUUGGUACUGGGCAAAAAGUUCAAAUUAGAAGUAUGGGAAGUUAUAGUACAAAAAAUGGCCUUAAAUGAGGUAGCCAAGUUUACGGUGAACAAAAAGUUAGUUUCCCAAUAUCCUUUUAUUGCCAAAACUUUAAGAGAUGUAGGCAAAAAAGUUGAAGAGCGCCGUCAUUGCUGUGGCAUGACUUUACAAAAUGAAGGAUUGGGUUAUAAAGAUCUAGAUGAUUUACUAUCAAGUCCUUGUGAUUUGGAAUUUAUUAUAGAUUUAUUUAGUAUAGAAAAACCUGAAGACUAUAAAAAGGAUACAUGGCAAAUGAGCGAUGAAGAAAAGCUAAAAACCUCACUUAAACUUAAAGAUGAAGGUAAUGAAUUCUACAAACAAAAGCAAUUUAGCCAAGCAGAAGAAUGUUAUCGUACCGCAGUGGGUUUAUUAGAACAAUUAAUGUUGAAAGAAAAACCCCAUGAUGUAGAGUGGAACGAUUUGGCUAAACUUAAAGUUCCUGUUUUACUAAACUAUGCUCAGUGUCGUCUAUUGGCACAAGACUAUUAUGCCGUCAUCGAACAUUGCAACGAUGUUUUACAAUUAGAUUCCGAUAAUGUUAAGGCAUUAUUUCGUAGAGCCAAAGCUCACGUUGGUGCUUGGAAUCCUCAAGAAGCUCGUGAUGAUUUCCUAAGAGCUGCACAGUUAGAUUCUUCGCUACAAGCAACAGUACACAAGGAAUUAAAAGCCAUCGACAGGAUACAACAUGAACGCGAUUUGGAGGAUAAAAAGCGUUUACAAGCACUUUUUUAGUGACUAAAUGGUAUUUUUAGACUAGACGUUAAAUGUGUAUUUUUAGUUGUU